UCACUUCCAGCCCACGCUCUCUCUGUGAACACACUUUCAGAGCUAGAAUUCUCAAAACACUGAGCCAAUGGCAUCCCAAGAUGAGGUGGCCCUUGGCCAUGAUCACAAGCAUCAUCAUGACCACCACCACGACCAUCACCACGAUCAUCACCACGGUCACAAGCACGGCCACCAUGGCCACCAUGGCCACCAUCACCACCGCCACCACCAUCACCGUCGCCACCCUGAUAAUAAGGAGCCUAGCAAUGAUCAGCAUCAUCCUAGCAGUGAUGACCAGAAGCAAAAAGAGUCUGAUAGUCACGAUGAUGACCACGAUCGUGAUGGGAAUGAUAGCCAUGGUGAGGAUUAUGAGCCUGGUAAUGAUCAUCAUCAUGAGAGCAGCGAUGACCAUAAGCACCACCACCAUGGCCAUCCGGAUCUGAAAGCAGAAUCGUGGGUGGGGCCAGAUGGGAAGUUGUACCAUAGCCAUGAUGGACUGGCACCACACACCCAUGAGCCCAUAUACUCACCUGGCUACUUCAGCAGAAGAGCUCCACCACUUCUCACCAGGAAUUUCCAUGAAAGGGCUUUCACAGUGGGUAUUGGCGGCCCUGUUGGGACUGGGAAAACAGCUCUGAUGUUGGCACUGUGUCAAUGUUUGCGCGAAAAAUACAGCCUCGCUGCAGUGACAAAUGAUAUAUUCACUAAAGAGGAUGGUGAGUUCUUGGUGAAGCAUGGAGCACUUCCUGAGGAAAGGAUACGAGCUGUAGAAACAGGAGGUUGUCCUCAUGCUGCAAUUCGUGAAGACAUCAGCAUCAAUCUUGGCCCUCUUGAGGAGCUUUCCAACUUGUUCAAAGUUGACAUACUUCUCUGUGAAUCUGGGGGAGAUAAUUUAGCUGCCAAUUUCAGCAGGGAAUUGGCCGACUAUAUUAUUUAUAUAAUAGAUGUAUCUGGUGGUGACAAAAUUCCUCGGAAAGGAGGCCCAGGCAUAACCCAAGCUGAUCUCCUAGUGAUAAACAAGACUGACCUUGCACCAGCAGUUGGAGCUGACUUGGCAGUGAUGGAGCGUGAUUCACUUCGGAUGCGAGAUGGAGGGCCAUUUAUCUUUGCUCAGGUGAGGCAUGGGGUUGGCAUAGAGGAUAUCGUGGACCAUGUUUUAGAUGCUUGGGAAGUGGCAACUGGGGGGAAGCGGCACUAAUUCUUCCUCUGGGAGUCGGCUACCUAGUUUUUCUGUUACUAUUGAAUUUGGAAGCUUUUCUAAGUCUAGUCCUGCUUUCUUUUUUAUCCACAUUCACCAAUAAACCUGGCUCUAGUGUCAUGUACUUGGAUAUGUGAGGAUUGAGUGUGGAAGUUGUUAAACAAGGAUCUGUUAGUGAACCCUUUUAUGCUGAAAUGAAUCUUAAUAAUUAAGUACUAAAUGUUGCCAUUUUAUGUGUUUUACUUCA